GGAAGACAGGUCUCUAUGGUCAAGUAACUAUAGAGCGGGCCUCUCUUCCCCCACGUGGUGGGGCUGCGCAUGAGCAGUCGUCGCAGCUUCGGAAACAUGGCGGAGCAAGAGCAAAGAAAAAAGAUCCCAUUGGUUCCAGAAAAUCUCCUGAAAAAGAGGAAGGCUUAUCAGGCCCUUAAAGCCACUCAAGCAAAGCAGGCACUUUUGGACAAGAAGGAGCAGAAGAAAGGAAAACAGCUCAAGUUUAAGCGACUGGAAUGGUUCUUACAUGAUUCCUGGCGGCAGCAGCGUGACAGGGUGCGCCUCAGACGACUAGAAGUGAAACCUCGUGGCCUGGAAGUGCCAGAUAAACAUUCCUUGGCCUUUGUUGUACGCAUCCAAAGGAUUAAUGGGGUGAGUUCACUGGUGCAGAGGACCAUUGCAAGGCUUCGCCUGAAGAAGAUUUUCAGUGGUGUCUUUUUCAGAGUAACCCCCCAGACCAUAAAAAUGCUGCGUAUAGUGGAACCUUAUGUGGCCUGGGGGUUUCCAAAUCUGAAGUCUGUCCGGGAACUCAUCUUGAAACGUGGACAAGCCAAGGUCAAGAAUAAAACCAUCCCUUUGACGGAUAAUACAGUGAUUGAGGAGCACCUGGGGAAGUAUGGUGUUAUUUGCCUGGAAGACCUCAUUCAUGAAAUUGCCUUUCCGGGGAAGAAUUUCCAGGAGAUCUCUGCAUUCUUGCGUCCUUUCCAUCUCUCAGUGGCCCGUCACACUACCAAGAAUAGAGUGGGCUUCCUGAAGGAGGUGGGCUUACCUGGCUAUCGAGGUGAACGCAUCAAUCAACUCAUUCGACAGUUGAAUUAAACCCAGCAUAUCUGAAUGCACGGCACGUCGGUGGCGCGUUUUGUCUCUUAGAAUUGUUACCAGUAUCUUCGAAGAAGAUUAUUUUUUGUUAUAUCUUGAGAAAUUAGAGGGAGGGUCAGGGAAAAAAUGAUGAUGAUCUGGCAGGCAUUUGUCAUCACAGCCCAGUUCCAAGGGAAAGUUCCAGUGUGUUUUCCACAUUGCCUGCCCCCACCACCUCUGACGUCAGCAAAAGACUCCUGCCACGGAAGGGAAAGUUCUGCCGUGUCACAUCUUCUAUCCUGGGGUUUAAAGUUGGUGAACGAAUACCCAGGCAUGAAUACAAGACAGCAGUGGACCAAGCUCAGGGACGUACUUGAACCCGGGGGUUUCUAGGGCCUUGUUUUGAAAGGAACUUGAAAUAUAACUACAAAGAAGAGCACAAAAACAGUGCUCAGUUGUCUCUGCUGUGAAUCCCUGUUCUCGCUUUUCAGUGACAACUUUGCAAGGUCUCAGACUUGGAUGGCCCUGAGGUGUAUCUGGUGGCUUCCUUAGCCUAGCCUGCAAUUGACUUAGUCCUUUUCUUUAGCUCUGAUUCUUAACCUAUUCUUGGGUCUGUGAGAAGGGAAAGACCCUUUUCCCAGGAAAAUACGUAUAUUCAAAUUUUUGCUUGGAAGUUUCUGUGUUCAUAGACUCUUCUUAGGGACCCAUGCAUGUUACAUGAAGAAUUCCUGCACUACCUACAUAGGUCACCUGGGCCCUGACCUUGUUAGUCUCCUCUGGUCCCAUAUCCUGUGGAAGACCAAGGCUUACCAAGAGAGCUUUCUCCCUUGGAGCCAAUUGGGUGUUUUCCUAUUAGCAACACAGUGGUAGAUUUCUUAGCCCCCAUGCCAUCUGCCUUAGGGAAAUGCCCACCAUUUAUUUCUGCUGGGCUUCAGGAUGAGAUUUUCUUUGGCAUGGAUGUCAUUUAGGCUUCAUUGGACUCUCUCCUUCCAUAUUCUAGACUGCAAAGGUAUCGCUGUCUAUCCCACUGGUGACGAUGCCGUAGGCCAAUACUGAGACUCCCAGGGACUGAGACCUAAAAGGGGGAUCUGAUUGUGCUUGUGUUUAUCAUCUGUGUCCCCCUUCUAUGUGGGCCUUCCUCUGCUUCUGUCACUUUGUUGCCUCAAUUGCCAUCUGAGUAGUUGGUGAGGCUGUGCCGGGUAUAGGUCAAGACUUGGAAACAUGCUUAACCGUUGUGUGCCCUGGUCCCUUAAGAUCAGCUUUGCUGCACUUUUGGCUCAUGGGGCCCUCAAACAUAGCUGUGAGGUUGAGUUAGAAUGAGAACAAUGCCUUAAAAUGUGCCAGGUUAUGAGGUAAUUAAUUAGGUUGGUUGGCUCAAGAGUUAACCUGCCAAGAAUAGAUGUUAGAGCUUACACUUAAACUUUAAAGCAUUGUGAAAUCAAAUUACUUUAAAAUGACGUAUCAGAAAGCCAUGGGAAAAGAGCAUUGUGAGUGUGGAAGUGCAGGGUUUCUGUCACAGAUCUGUUUUAUACUAAAUACAGGAAUAAUGUUUUCAUCUUGCCUGCAGAAUCAGACUAUCUAAUGUGUGUGCUCGGUGCAAUUCAAAGGAUUAAGCAAAAGAAUACUUCUUAACUUAGAAUUUUAUGGAAAUAGAUGUUAUAAAAAUUAAUGCCCUGCUGUAUCGUGUACUGUGAUAUACCAUUUCGUAAACAA